AUGAGAGUGAAAAAUGUUAGUUUCCUGCCCGGCAAAGCGACGAAAGAACGUCACUCUGGCUAUGCAGUCUAUUUUGCAUACAAGUUGGGAGAAGUGGAAGACGAUGAAGAAAACGAUGAGAAAGAAGGAGAGGAAUGUACGAAAGAGGUGAAACCAAGGGAAAACGAAGGAGGGAAAGCCAAAGCAGACAAACUGGAAUGGGACUCUGACUGCCUACGUGCAGAAUACGACGGUGGGGAAGAAGAAAAUCGCAGAACAGAAAAGUGGGUCGCGUCACAUAGCCAGCGUCCGGAGACUGUCUCUGCUAACGUGGGAGGAAAAGGUACAUCAAGUCCUCUAUCUUUGAAAGGAUGCCUGAAGCAUGUCGAUCCGUCAAACAUUCCAACUGAAGGCACUUGGACCGAAGAGAGGCCGUCCCAAAACUAUUCGUCCAAUCUACUCAACGGCAAAGAUGAAAUACCUAGAAACUACUUCGAUUCGCAUCGGCCGAAGAAAGUUCAUUUCGGUAAGGCUGGUACCGACACAGAUGAGGAACCUCAGGCGUUUCGAACGAGAGCCAUCAAUCUCCUGGCGGUAAUUGAGUCAGAAGAAAAAGAUGAAGGAAAAGAAGAUGAUGAAAAUGAAGAAGAAAUUAAUUCGGAAAUAGUUGCGUUACCGGAAGGAGAACAUUAUACCAUAUCCCGGAGACGGAAUUCCGGGAAAAAGUCUUUUCUAUUUGUGGAAUUAACGAAUUCUGUUUUCCGAGCUCUUGAAGAUUUUCGAAGCAGAAGUAGGCAGAAUGAGGAGAUUAAGAUCCACUUUUCCGGUGACGAAGGGAGAAUACUGAUUCCGGGUGUGAACGGGAACCUUCAGAGUUGGAAAUUCAGCUUUGGCUACAUUUCCGGGACCGACAGCCCUGAAGUGAACUCUUUUGGUUCCGCAUCGAGGAGUUUGGAGACCCUAAGUCCGAUUACGAUCUUGCUCAAAGAAGAUGGCUAUAAGGCUACGAGGCUUAAAAUUGCUGAGGCCAAGGAAGAGAGCAAUAACAGAACAAAAGUGAUACGCUCCUCAGACCUGUACAUUUUGCAAAAAGUGGAGAAACCGGCAACUCCCUUACUUGCUCCUGCGUCGUCAAAGAGUCCCUCACAACUCCCGUCGAAUAAGCUAUGCAUUUUCGGUUUUCGCCGCCAGGCACCUACAUCGACCUUGCAGACAAUCGGCUCGGCUGCCUUGAACGAUGCCUCGGUCUCCUCGUUAGACCUCAGCAGAAUUCCUGAGGACCCUUUCCGAGCGAAAGUUCAAGAGGAAGGGAGGGCGUCCCAAAACUGCUCGUCCAAUAAGCGUCACCGAGAAAAUGAAAUACCUGAAAGCGACAUCCAUCUACAUCGGCCGAAGAAAGCUCAUCUCUCUAAGGCUGGUACCGACUCAGAUGAGGAACCUCAGGCGUUUCGAACCGGAAUGAGAGCCAUCAAUCUCCCGGUAGAGAUAAUCUCUGUUGCGUCACUCUCUUCGCUGCAACUACAACCACCCUCGGUUAUCUCUUCUGACGGUGUGACUCUUAGCUCAAGGAAAGAAAGUCGGAUGGGGACUAACGGGAAAUAUAAUAAGAAUGAAGGAGGAGAAAAUCUGAUGGAGUCUGAAGAGGAAGGAAUAGACGAAAUAGAAGUAGGUGGAGCAAAAGAAGAUGAAGAAAUCAAUCAAGAUUCAUCGAUCUUGCAGAGGAUCAGUUCGGCUGCCUUGAACGAUGCCUCGGUCUCUUCAUUAGACCUCAGCCGAAUUCCUAAGGACCCUUUCCGAGCAAAAGGUCGUGGGAACGAACAGAACGAAACGAGUGUACCAUGUAUUGCCAGCAGAUCGAAAUAUGUGACAACUCCGAGCAGCUACCUGCCUGAGUUGUCCCCUUCUGCUCCUCUUUCCCUCUGGGGACGACCCGUUCAAUCGCCUUCAACUCCCAUUCCGCUGCACGUCUGUAUAUCUCAUUUUUCUCUUGCUGUGAUCGAGCGUUGCGAUGGCAGACCUGAUUGCAGUCUGACGCUCCUUCGACUCUCUGGCUUGGAACAAAUCAGCUUGGCAGGAAAAGGAAGGAAGCAGAAGAAAAAGAAGCGGGAAUAUGGCAAGCUGGAGUCCACGAACAGCGAGCUCGCCACCAUCUUGAAGAACAAGUAGGUUGAUAGGAGAGCAUCACAGAACGGGUUCAACGCUUCGUUUGCAGAGGUUGAUGGGAAGUUCUUUUAAGAUUUACAUUGUAUUGGACUCUGAACGGUCUAUGGGUGCCUGCCAUCUAAAUUAUAUAUUACCUGCUUCCUCGUCAACACUUACCCUAGAUGACAUCCAC